AUGAAGAUUUUUUUAAAUGGAAUGGCAGAUCCUGUUUGUUAUGGCAAUUCUGAGCGUGACAUUGAGCAAGCACUAAUCACUUUGAAAAAGGGCACUCAGCUUAUCAAGUAUAGCCGUAAAGGAAAACCUAAGUUCCGCGCAUUUAGACUUUCUCUGGAUGAAACGACACUGAUAUGGUUAUCACAUGGAGAAGAGAAGAAUCUGAAAUUAAGUUCUGUCUCUCGUAUCAUUCCUGGACAGCGUACCGCUGUUUUUAGAAGAUAUUUGCGCCCAGAGAAGGAGUACUUGUCAUUUUCACUUCUAUAUAAUAACGGUGAAAGAUCUCUUGACCUGAUCUGCAAGGACAAAGCUGAGGCAGAAGUGUGGUUAGCAGGGCUUAAGGCAUUGAUUGGAAAGAAUCGUAGUAGACGAACCAAGAGUGAUCUCAGUGACGUGAGUUCUCCUUUCAAUAUGCAUAUGCAUAUGCAUAUAAGAUAUUUCUUUCAAAAUGGCCGCCCAUUUGGCGCAGCUGUAGAGUUCACCAAUAGUAUUUCCCGCGGUAGGGUGUCUAUAGAUUCAGGAAGCUCAGAUGCAGGGUCAGAACAUGCAAGUAUGCAGUUGAGAACUAGUGCUGGGGAUGGUUUCCGAAUUAGUGUUUCAAGCACUCCUAGCUGUUCAAGUGGUGGAUCUGCAGGCCCAGAUGACAUAGAAUCAUUGGGUGAUGUUUACGUAUGGGGAGAAGUUUGGUCAGACGGAGUUCCACCAGAUGGGUCUGUAAGCACAGUCCCUACAAAAAUUGAUGUGCUAACUCCUAAGCCCUUGGAAUCAAAUGUAGUACUUGAUGUUCAUCAGAUAGCUUGCGGCGUAAGACAUGUUGCUCUUGUAACAAAGCAAGGUGAAGUUUUCACCUGGGGUGAGGAAUCGGGUGGGAGACUUGGUCAUGGAAUUGAAAAAGACUUUAGCCGCCCCCGAUUAGUUGAGUUCCUGGCAGUAACUAAUGUGGAUUUUGUUGCAUCUGGAGAGUUUCAUACAUGUGUUGUAUCCACAGCUGGUGAUUUAUUCACUUGGGGUGAUGGUGCUCAUAAUGCUGGACUUCUUGGUCAUGGCAGUGAGGUUAGCCACUGGAUUCCAAAAAGAGUUUCGGGUGCAUUAGAAGGACUGCAAGUCUUAUCUAUCGCAUGUGGUUCUUGGCAUUCAGCUCUGGCAACUUCUAAUGGAAAGCUAUUUACAUUUGGUGAUGGAACAUUCGGUGUUUUGGGCCAUGGAGAUCGGGAAAGUGUUGCAUAUCCAAAAGAAGUUCAAAUGUUGAAUGGACUAAAGACUAUUAAAGUUGCAUGUGGGGUAUGGCAUACAGCAGCUAUUGUAGAGGUUAUAGGCCAGUCAGGUGCUAAUGUUUCAUCAAGAAAAUUGUUCACCUGGGGUGAUGGUGACAAACACCGGCUAGGUCAUGGAAGUAAGGAAACUUAUCUACUUCCAACCUGCGUCUCUUCACUAAUUGACUACAAUUUCCACCAGCUAGCUUGCGGUCAUACUAUGACUGUUGCACUUACUACAUCAGGUCAUAUCUUUACCAUGGGUGGUACUGCAUAUGGUCAACUAGGCAACCCAAGCUCUGAUGGAAAGUUACCAUGCCUAGUACAAGAAAGACUGGUAGGUGAAUUUGUUGAAGAAAUUUCUAGUGGGGCAUAUCAUGUUGCUGUCCUGACAUCAAGAAGUGAAGUAUUCACUUGGGGAAGAGGUGCCAAUGGAAGACUGGGACAUGGUGACUUAGAGGAUAGAAGAACUCCAACAUUGGUUGAAGCAUUGAAGGAUAAGCAUGUAAAAAACAUAUCAUGUGGCUCGAAUUUCACUUCCAGUAUAUGCAUCCAUAAAUGGGUCUCCGGUGCUGACCAGUCAGUUUGCUCUGGCUGUCGGCAGGCAUUUGGUUUUACUAGAAAGAGGCACAAUUGUUAUAAUUGCGGGCUGGUGCACUGCCAUGCUUGCAGUUCCAAGAAGGCAUUGAAAGCAGCAUUGGCUCCAACGCCAGGAAAACCACAUCGCGUUUGUGAUGCUUGUUAUGCAAAACUUAAAGCUGCUGAAACUGGUAACACUUCAAAUGUGAUUAGAAAAGUUGCUGGCCCACGCCCCUCAAUAGAUGGCAGGGAAAGGUUAGAUAGGGGAGAGGUAAGAUCUUCUAGGCUUUUGCUCUCUCCCACCACAGAACCAGUCAAAUACCUUGAGAUCAGGUCAGGAAAACCUGGGACCAGAUCUGAUUCUCCUUGUCUAAUCCGAGCUUCACAAGUUCCUUCACUUUUACAGCUUAAAGAUAUUGCAUUUCCAAGCUCACUCACUAUUAUUCAAAAUGCUUUUAAACCUGCUGCUCCUACUCCUCCAUCAACGCCACCGUCUCAGUCCCCUAUCAACUCAAGAUCUAGUUCACCGUACUCAAGGAGACCAAGCCCUCCACGCUCUGUGACACCUGCGUUUUCAAGGAGUGUUAUCGAAAGCCUCAGGAAGUCAAAUGAACUUUUGAACCAAGAAGUGGCAAAACUGCAAAAUCAAAUCAAAAGUUUGAAGCAGAAAUGUUUUUCACAAGACGUGGAGAUUAAGAAACUACGAGAAAAUGCACAAGAAUCUGAUUCAUAUGCCUUAGAAGAAUCAUCCAAGUAUAAAGAGGCCAAGGAAGUUGUGCAAUCCAUCACAGAUCAGUUGAAGGAAAUAACAGAGAAGUUACCUCCUGAGGUUGCUGAAAGUGAAACCUUUAGAGCUAUGCAUACUCGAGCUGAAGCAUUCUUAAACACACAUGGAACAUCUGAAGCUUCUUCUUGUUUGCCGGCAAGCUUGGAGUCUUCAAAUGUGCAAGACCAGAGGAUGGAAGAUAAUGUGGAAACUGCAACUACUGUCCCAUCUAAUGAUGGCGGAAGUUCUACAGAGGCUGCAUCUCAACAAAGCUCAGAAAAUGAAUCAAGAGCAUCGGAGGCUUCAGCAAUUAGCAGAGGAGGAGAAAAGGAAAUUAUUGAGCAAUUCGAACCUGGAGUCUACAUUACUUACGUUUAUCACCAAAAUGGUGGCAAGAUCUUUAGACGAGUUAGAUUCAGUAAACGAAGGUUCGCUGAGCAGCAGGCAGAAGAAUGGUGGAGCAAAAAUAAAGACAGGGUGCUUAUGAGGUACAGUCCACAUGCAACAAAACCUGCUUCAGCUGUAUCAUCUCCUUCUCAACCACAAACACCACCAGCACCUGCUGAUGAAACUAGUGAGGCAGCAUCCCCUUCUCAAACUCAGUCAUCUGUUAAUGUAGAAUAGAAAAAGAUCAAGCAGCUACCAUGACUGCAGCAACAUUAUGGAUCAACAAUUAUGUAUUUGUUUUUAGAAAAGGUUACGUAUGCAUACAAGAAUUUUCCAUCACUUUACCUCAACAAGGCAAAGAAACAACUCCAUGAUCGAGACAUGAUGACCUCAAAGAAUUAUCUACUUAAGAGGAAGGAAAAGUACAUUUAGCUCUUCUUAUUCAUUCUUUGUUUCUUAUUCUGUUGCUUUCUGAAACCUUUCUACUGAAACAUUGUAGCGGCACAGUAGAUAAAUUCCUUUCAAUAUGAUCAACGGUAGCUAUAUUUUUUGGAUUAAAUACAUAUUUGAUCCCUAA